GCUACCUUGCUGUUAGGAAGGGGAAUGCGCACGAUAGUUACUCGUCAUUUUGCUCAUCGAGUCAAAAAAGCAAGUCAGCUGAACUGCAUCUUUUAACUUAAUAAGGUUACUGUUCUGUAGCUACAUCGAUUUUUCACCCCGCAAGAAUUCAAGAACAAGUUGUUUUACAUCACUCUCUCGAAACAUGACGGAAGCGGAGUUAUAUUCCGAAUAUAAAGGCGUUUACGUUCCAAAACUCCUGCACCCACCAGAGAGCUUGAAGUUCCUGGAAGAAUUUACUUUCCGCCACGACGACGUUAUUGUUGUGACCUACCCGAAAUCUGGUACAACAUGGAUGCAGGAGAUUGUUCCCCUCAUCCAGAGUGAGGGGGAUAUGGCUCCUGUAGUAACCAUUCCCAACUGGGACCGUAUGCCCUGGCUGGAAGAACACCGUGCCAUGCUGCUGAACCUGGACCAGAGACCCUCCCCUCGCAUGUUUGCCAGCCACUUCCACUACUCCAUGAUGCCGGAGUCUUACUUCAGGGUCAAGCCAAAGGUCAUUUAUGUGAUGAGAAACCCAAAGGAUGUUUUCACUUCAGCCUUCCACUACUAUGGGAUGGCAUCAUACCUUGUGAACCCAGGGACAACAGAUGAGUUCCUAGAAAAGUUUCUGAAUGGAAAAGUGAUGUUUGGAUCAUGGUUUGAUCAUGUUAAGGGAUGGCUAAAUGCAGAAGAUCAAGACCGUGUGAUGUACAUUUCCUAUGAGGAAAUGAUACUUGAUCUUAAUGAUUCUGUGUCAAGGAUUGCCCGUUUCAUGGGGAAAUCUCUGAGUGAGGAGGUGACCAAGAAGAUUGCAGAUCACUGCACUUUCAAGAGUAUGAAACAAAACAAGAUGUCCAACUACUCACUGGUGCCAGAAGAGUUCAUGGACCAGAAAAAAUCAGAGUUUCUUAGGAAAGGAAUUACUGGUGACUGGAAGAAUUUGUUCACAGAGGCUCAGAUAGAAAAGUUUGAUGCUGUUUAUGAAGAGAAAAUGAAGGGCAUCAACUUCAAAUUCGUGUGGGAUUGAUCACAGGCACAGGAGGAGCCUCUCUUCAAUAAGAACAACAAUCAUUUUAAGAAUUCAACACACAUUAUAGCUUUAUUUUUCUAACCUCUCCUUUUGAUCAUUUUAAAAUGGGGCACUACUACAAAGCCUUGUUCUUUUGUAUAUGGACAAGCUAUCCCUUUACUUAACCAUUACCCAAUAACCUGUUGUUUAGUUCUCUCUUCCUUUGAAGGCCAUAUAAAUGAUUUUUCAGCUGCUUUGAUGUACUUUUUCAGGAAUAAAGCCCAAGCUCUCCACCCCAUAUUGAAUUGACAAAAAGCAUAUGGCACCAAAUCAUGCUUGCUACCUAGACAGAUAUUCUGUUGAGUCAAAGGCAGCUAGUGGCAGGAUAACUAGAUGAAAUUAUCUAGCUAAAGGUACAGUCUGCAGUCCACAACGAAUAAACCAGGUCAUCUGAAAAUCAUAAUCAUGACUAUCUACCUGCAGGUUGAAAAUAAAGCAGUGAAGUUGUUUUUUCACCUUAUCAAGUAAUAUAGCUAGCUAGAAUAUGAACACAAUCUGCUGAGCUGUCCAGAUAAAACACAUUAGAACAUUAAUGAAAAUUACCAGUACUAAUUUUAUGCCAGCCAGUACGAAACAAAUCCUGACAAAAUGUUGCAAAAGGGACACCUGUUGGAAUGCUCAAAGUGUGAAUUAACAUGGUUAAUUAGUAGGAAUAAAAUUUUAAUCAACUCAAUGACAGUUUACCAUUCUAUACAGUAUCAAGAUGGUGUAUGCAAUAUGCAGUAUGUCAAUGAAAAAUGGGCUCUGAUUUCUUACAAGCCUUUACUUGCUCACUUAUAAAAGUACAGAAAUGUUGACAUUACACAAAUGUAACCACUGGAUUUGUGGCAGGCUUAAACAUGUGCAGCUGUUACUUGAAAACAUAGCUCUGAUAGCUUGAAGCAGGUACAGAUAAACCUGUAGAGUUUACUUAGAAAGACUAGACCUGUAUUAAGCCAAAUGCCCUGACAUGAGUUCUCAACAAUUUGUCCUCAAGAGGACACAUGGGUGCAAACAAGUAACAUUUUCAUUAAUGAAACAGGGCUAAGAAAUGGAUUGUGGGCAGUUAUGAGUAUGCACCUCAAUAAAAAAGAAAGAUGGCUGUCU